UUAUCAACAACAUACUUGCAUAAAGAACAAUUGCAUUUACAAUGGAUUAUGUUCACUCCGUUUGGAACUAUUUCGCCUCGAUCUGCAACUGUUGGCAGUGCACCGAGGACGCUGGUGCACAGCCCAAUGAGCCAAACGAGAGGACACACCUUUUGGUCGAUCCAGUGAACCACAGUCCGGCACUCAGAAGGAGCAAUUCCGAUGGCCUCAGCAACGAUUACGCCCACUCACUACCCAAGAAGGACGACCAGAACGCCCUCUCCAGACUGGUGCAGAACACGGCUAUAAACAUGAUUAACGUGGGGGCCAUGGAUUGUCACAGCUUGGAACACCAGGAGUACAACGACAGAAUAAAGGUGUACUCGCAGCGAUUGCAUCAGCAGUGGAACAACGUUCAGCAUCCGAGUAUCACCAUGAAAGGCCUCCUUAAAGAUGUCCCCAGUCACCAAUUCUAUUUGUCUAAGCCCCUUUCUGUGGAGGACACAGCUCAAAUGAAACUCUUUACUGAGAAAGCACUCAUCAGUGUUUCGCAUAUUCAGAUCGACCACAAAGAGGCAGUGGUUGUGCCGUUUCGGAUUCCCUGAUUAU